AGACUCCGCCUCUUCCCUUUCGCUUCUUCUUCCUCCUCGUCCGUCAAGAUGGAAAGGCUGAGCGACAUGAGUAGCUAACCCGAACCCCCGAUCCCAUCCCAAAACCCAGCCGCACACCCGCGCGUCACACCAUCACGCCACCGGCAGCUCCAGAAGCAACAACAUCAGCAACGCCAUCGGCAAGCCGCCCGGCUCGGACAUGCAGAUCAUCAUCGGCAUCGGAGGGGUGACGAAUGGGGGCAAGACGACCGUCACGAACCGCAUCAUCAAGAACUUGCCCAACUGCUGCGUGGUAUAUCAGGACGACUUCUUCAAGCCCCAGGAUCAGAUCGAAGUUGGGGCCGAUGGAUUCAAACAGUACGAUGUGAUCACAGCGCUGGACAUGGAGGCCAUGUUGAACACAGUGCACGCAUGGCGCGACAACCCCGUCAAAUUCGCACGCUCGCACGGCGUGCCGCUUGCUCCGUCAGCCGCCAACGGCCUCGGGCCCUGCCCCUCGUCCGAUCUGCACAUCCUGAUCGUCGAGGGCUUCCUGCUGUACACCCACAAGCCUCUGAUUGACGUUUUCGAUCAAAGCUAUUUCAUCUCCGUGCCGUAUGAAGAAUGCAAGAAGAGACGAAGCCAAAGGAACUACACGGUGCCCGACCCACCGGGCUUGUUUGAUGGACACGUGUGGCCCAUGUACCUGAAACACCGCAAGCAGAUGGAAGAGCUCAACCUUGACGUCGUGCACGUGGACGGGACUCUGUCGAAGAACGACGUGUUCGACGCGGUGUACGAGGGCAUCAAGGAGAAGCUGGCGGAGUACAUCAACGCGUGCCCUGUGAUCGUAGAUAUCAUCUGAAAGAAAUCCUCAAGCUUUGAGAAAUGACGACGGUUUUGCAUCAACAAAUACGAGUUGUUUUUUUCCAUUAUGGGAUGUCAAUUUACACCAGGUUGUCUGGGAGCUAUGUGUCUUUUUUAAGUUAAAAGCCGUCGGGAUUUAUUUUUUUUUGCACCGGUUGAGUGACUUUUUUUAACAUCAUGUUUUAAUCUUGCGGAAUAGCAAACCUGGAGGGCGUGACCCAUGAGAGUACAGCAGAAGGAUGUUGUACGAGAGUGAUACCUGGUUUAAAAGAAGGAAGCCGUAUCAUGGUAUGUAGCCCAAGUAUGAAAACAUUCUUUAAAAUUGCAACUAAAUAAGAAGACAGCUCUGCUGGUGGCAGAUAAAUAAAAAGUCCCAGUCUGAAA